AUACAGAUCUCUUCGAAAGAUACUCUCUUAGUUGUAAUGCAAAUCUGUGCUGAAGACCAAAAAUCUAUUCCAUUUGUUGCGCAAGGGCCGAAUAAUCGAAUUCUUCAAGAGGCAAAAACUAUUAAUGAAUUUUCGGUUACAAUUAAAAAAGCAAUCACGAGCGAAUGUCGUGAUAUGGGAUGUGCGAAUAGACAGAAACGCGAUGCUUCAACUGUUCCACAUAUGCCAAUCGAAAUAUUUUCGCAAAAAUUGCCAGUGCAAAAAAGAAUUAUCAGAAGCAAUGACGCUGAAAAAUCGAGCACUAUAAACACUGAAGAAACAACAACUGUCGAGAAAAAAAAAGAAGCCAGAAGUUCGACUUCAUUGAAGAUAUCGUGUGGCCUCACUACAAUGCUCGGUGUCACGACCUCGAUUCUCGCCAUGGUUGCAAUGAUAUCUUAAAAGCAGACACAUGAUAUUUCGUGCUCCUCAUCUUCAUAAUAUUUUUUAUUUCUAUAUCUUUUUCUUCCAUUUACCCCUUUUAUCUAUUUUACAAUUUAUAUACACGAGAAAACAAGUCCUGACAAUUCUGAUAAUAUUCCUUUCUUUAAAAACCAAUAUGGAGAAACUAUUUCAUAAAUAAUGCAUUCAGAGCACUCAAAUAUGACUAUAAAAUUACGAUAUCUUGCAUUAUAAUAUCGUAUUAUAAACUAAAUCCACGAAUAAAUUUUACAUAAAUGCCCUGGUUUACAUCAAUAAAACUCUGCUGAUCUCUAAGAAAUUUUCUCUAGG